AUGCUGGCUCUAAUCUACUGCUUGAGACAGUUUGCCGAUCGCAUAAGCCGGUCUGUCCAAGUUUCGGGUACUGUCUACAGACCAGCAUGGCAGCAAUUAGAAGAAAAAGCUUUGCGUAAACGCUUGUCUAUAGACCAACAAGUAGCCGCAAUGCAGACGCACCAACUGGGCAUUACUUGGACAAUCAUAUUCGUUCACUGGACAUCUUCGGCUCGCCUCUUUCUCGUUCACGUUCCUUUUCGAGGCCCAAUUUACAAACUGGACCUGGGCGUAGCUAUAAAUCUGGCAAAUAAGAUCUCUGGCACGUGCCGCCCCGCCAUUCGCAAGCAGGCAAUCUUGCAUAAGAUACAUACC